AUGAAAAUGAACUUCAACAGAAGCGGAGGACUACGGCUGUUGAAGGAUACGAUCCCCAAUGAUGCACUCUUGGAAUGCUGGAAGGAGUGUAUGAAUUGGAGUGAAUUCGAUGAAUUACGUGAAGAAAUUGACCGUUUUAACAAAACAUCGGAAAAUGUCAAACGAGGAAUAGCAAUGAGUGCAACCCGAAUGGGCAUAGGCCAUCCAGGAGCAAGGCCUGAGGCAGUAGCGCUAGUGCAGAUUUUCAAGGACGGAAGUGUAGCUGUUAUGAUUGGAGGAAUUGAAGUAGAGCAAAGACUUAUUUCAAAGUGUCAACAAGUAGCCAGCCGAGCACUGCGAAUUCCUACUUCACUCAUAACGAUACUCGGUGCGAACAGAGAUAGGAACACUAACGGAGGAAAUCACAAUGGGGGAGAUCACAAUGGGGGUGACGACAUCCAAGGACGAGCGAUUCUGGCUUGCUGUGAGAGGCUAAUGGCAGGCCUACGACCGCUUCUCAAGGAGGAAGGAGGAUGGGGUAAAGCCGUUUGGAAAGCCUAUAAGAUGCGAAUACCUCUUCAGGCGUCUGAGUAUACAGGAGGAGGAAACAGCCGAAGACAAGGAGUCCCUUUGCAAUCGCAGUACAAUACUACUGGCGCGGCAUGCAUCGUUUCACAGAUCGAUUGCCGUACGGGCGAGCAACAAAGCUAUAGCAGUCUCACGUUUGAAAAGGUGACGUAUGACGACAAGGGAAAGUUAGUCGAGAAUACGUUUUCCUUAUAUAAGCUACCGUCAGCAUCAGUGACUCCAAAGAAGUUUCGAGUGAAACUCCUCAGGGAAUCGGAAUCAUACGACGGACAAGUUGCUUCUACAAAGGUGAUUCUUUUCUGA